AAAAGCAAAGUCUCAUCACUUCAAGAAUAUGAUUAUUGGUGCACAACAAGCUGGAAUGGGAAUCGAACCUCCAUCUCCAUUUGACAUAAAGAACAAGUACUUGGAAAUGGAGUACAGAGAAAUGGAAGCUUAUGUGAACCAACAAAGAGAAAAAUGGAAGACAUAUGGGUGCACAAUAAUGUCAGAUGGAUGGACAGGGCCCACGAAAUUAAGUAUUAUUAAUUUCAUGGUUUAUUCUAAAGGGAGCACGGUCUUCCUUAAGUCAGUUGAUGCAUCGAACUAUAUCAAAGACCACAAGUAUAUAUACGACCUAUUGAAGACUGUUAUCAAAGAAGUCGGUAAAGAAAAUGUGGUCCAAAUUGUCACAGAUAAUGGGUCGGCGUUCAUGAAAGUAGGGAAACAAUUGAUGAAGAAGUAUAACUUAUACUGGACUCCGUGUGCGGCGCACUGCAUCGCUUAA